AUGUAAAAAUAAUAAGAAAAGGUACUUUUAUAAGAAAAAUAAGAUAUUAAAACUAACAUAAAUAUUUGCUCAAACAUUUAAAAAGAUAUUUAAAAGCUGGAGUCUGAGUAAACUCAAUUAAUUACUUAAGUUUAAACAAAUGAUAUAAAUAAGUUGCUCAAAAAUAUAAAUUAACUAAUUUCAAAUAAAAAUAGUAAAUAAGAUAUAAAUAAUAAUGAUAUAAUAAAACUCGCUGAUACAAGAUUCCAUAUGGUGAAUGCUUUAAGAGCAUUAAAUGAAAGUGUUUAAUAUUCUUUAAAAUAAUCUAAAUAAAUUUCAGUUUUAGAGGAGAAUUUUUUAAUGAAAUAUUUUAAAGAUUUUGAAAAUUAUGGAAAGCUCACUUCUGAUGAAUCAUAAAUUAUAAAUAAAAUUGUUUCUCUCAUUUCAAAUAAGGAAAAUGAUGAAAACGUAUAAAAUUAACCAGAAUUAACAAAAUUGAUAGAUCAAAUUAAUGAGAGCAUAAAGGCAAGGUUUUAAGCAAAAACAAGUUAAUUUACUGAUACUUUAAGCAUCUUGAAUAAUAUAAAUUUCAUAGCAGAAGACAUGGUUAUUGUAUAAAAAUAUGUUGCUAAAUGUUUCCCUUAGGAAAUUAAGAUUUUUAAUAUUUAUGAGUAAUAAUAUAGACUAAAUUUAGAGAAAAGAAUAUAGAAAGAUAUUGAAAAUGAAAACGUGUUAUAGUAAAAAUAUGAAAUUGUUACCAAAUUAAUUGAGUGGAUUAGCUCCUAUGAAUAACAAAUUAUCAAAGUUGAUGGCUAACCAUUAGAAUUUUCAUAUAUUAAAUCAAAAUUAAUGAAGUUUAUGCCUUUUUUUUAAGAUCAUAUGAGAUAGGUUACAAUUAAUUUUUUUUAAGGAUCGCUAUAAGAAGAUUUCUUUAAAUUAACCAUAGAGCAAUUAGAUAGGAGUAUAGAAGAAGGUUUUAAAAUAGAUUUGAACUUUGGAAUUGAUUCCUUUAAUUUUCUUAAUAAGCAAAUAGAUACAAUAUGUGGUAAACUCGAAGUAAAUCAAUUUAUUGAAUGGAUAAGAUAAAUCAGCUAAAUUUUUCAAUUGACUUUUAUUGAUCAAGAAAAAGAAAUAAUUUCUAAGCAAGUGAGUUAGAUUUAGAUAAAAAUUUAAUAACUAAGUUCAAGCGACACAAAAAAAAUAAAUAAAAAUUCCAAUGAAUUUAGUGAAGAUACAAAAUAAGUUUAAAGAGAAUGCAAUUUAAUAAUUGCAAGAAUAACAACUAUUGUUAAUUUAUUAUAGCAAUGCUAACAUUUUUCAUUAGACACCUUAAAAUUAUCACUUUCUCAUUAUUCAAAUAAAUGCGAAGAAUAUUUUAUAUAAAGAAUUACGAAAAUUUUUAAUUAAGAUAUCAGGUUAAAAUUUAAAUAGUUCUCUGAUUUUCUAAUUUCCUAAAUAGUUUUGAUUAUAUCUGAUUAGCUUUAUUACUGUUUUGCCCCACAUUUAUUUGAGUAAAGCAUUUCAGAAUAGGAUUUUGACUUAAAUCUAACUAUCUCAAGCUAAGUAGAAAGUAAUAUUUUGCUGUUAAUUGAAAAAGUUGACUAAUAUUUAAAAUUGAUUAAAAAAAAUUUAAACCUUUAAAAUUUUGUAUAUUUGAGCUUAAGCAAACUACUAAUUUAAAACAUGAUAAAUUUAUAUUGGAAUUAAAUCUUUGAAGAAGUAAAAGAAGAGUAUGAAGACUAACAAGAUAUUAUUUAGCUAAUCUAUUAAAUAUCAGUAUGCAUAAUCUAAGAAUUAUCUCCAAAUAGUAAAAAAAAUAAUUAAAUUAAAGUGACGAGUUUAUUCUCACCAAAUAAUAACUUUGAAUUACUUGCUAAGAGAAUAGAAAAUGAUUUAGAAAUCUUAUCCAAUUAUUUAAACAAUAGUAGUCUAAUUUCUUUUUCUAAAUCUUCAAUAUAAAAUUAUAUUAACUAAUUUAAUGUUUUUAUUAAAUCUAUUUAAACACAGAGUUCAAAAUUAAAAGAAAUAAUAACUCCUAUUAAGUUUGCUUUUUAGUCUGAAAUAUCUCUAUAAAUAUUUGAUACAAUUAUUAGAAUGAGAUAAGAAAUUUCUAAGGAUGAUAAAGAUGAGCUAUAAAAGGCAUACUAAAAAACAAUAAUCUAAAAUGACAAAGAUAAAAAUAUAUCAUGA